AUGACAAUAACUAAAAAUUAUGAUUAUUAUGUGUUGAGCAAGAAAAUAUUUUUGAUCGUUUUUGGGUUAUUGCUAGUGGCUGGACGGAGUGAUUCACUUUUGUUGUAUGGUUAGUUUUUUUGAAAUUUUGGGUUUGGUUUUGACAAUUCAAGUUGAGGUAACUCGUCGUGGAAUUAAUUUGGACAAAAAUUUAAAAACAUGAUUUUUCUUCUGGUUUUGAAAAAUAAUCUAGGCAUAAAAAAUUCUAGAAGGUUUUUUUUCGUUUCAAAAAAAACCGCGUGAGUGGAUUUAUAAAUCGUGAGAAAAUGGUGACGAUGUUCGAAGCUUUUCGGGCGAAAUUUUGGGGGCCCCAACUUCCAAUGGGGUUUGGUUAAGCCUAAGGCUAGGUCAAGAGAUUCAGCUAAACUUAAGCUUAGGCCUAGAGGUUUGGAUAAGCCUAAGCUUAGGCCCCGGAACUUGGAUAAGCCUAAGGCUGGACCUAAGAGUUUGGCUAAGCCUAUGCUUAUACCUAGACUUUCGGAUAAGCCUAAACUUCGGCCUAAAGGUUUGAAUAAGCCUGAGCCUAGGCCUAGAGGUUUGGAUAAGCCUAAGCUUAGGCCUAGAGGUUCAGCUAAGCCUAAGGUUUGGCCUAGAGGUCUGGAUAAGCCUGAGUUUAGGGCCAGCAAUUUUGUUAAGCCAAAAGCUAGGUCCCGAACCUAUGGGCCUAGACUUAGGCUUAAUCAAAUUCUUAGGCAUAAGUUAAGGCUCAGUCAAAUCUCUAGGCCUAGCCUUAGGCUUAAGCUAAGGUCUUAAGUAGCUAAGGUUUUACAUUAGCCAAAUUUUCCACAAAGAUUUUCGAACCUCUCCGAUUCAGAUUCAUAUUAAAAAGGUAUCAAAUAAAAAAUCUGUUUUUCUCAUAAAUUUAAUUUCCUAUCUCCCAGAUUACUGUAUCCUUCUGAAUCUUUGUUAUAUUAUAACCUAUAUUUUCCUUGAAAACCUUUUGUGUUCUAUUUUCAGCUGUUCGUUCCGUUUCCAUGACGGAUUUGUGGUGGAAAUUGGAGCAAAUUUCGGGAAAUAGGAAAAAACGAAACUUGAUAGCUUAUUUUUUUUCCUCUGCGUCUCUAACCAGAUCCACUCUCUCUCUCGUUUCUUUUCAAUUGGUGCCAACUAAAGUGCACAUUUCCUUUCUCGAUUAAUUAUUUGAAAACGAAACGCCGUGUAUCCUUCGUUUUUUGUUGAAAAAUGGGGGAUAAUACUCAUCCGGGUUAAAAAUUCGGGGGAAGAGAUUCGAGAUUCUGAGAAAAUAUUGCGUGACAAAUUUUCUUGCUGGAACCAAAAAAAAAAAUCACAUGUUUUCCCGAAUUUUGAAUGAUGUCUCUUUGUUUUUUCUUAAGAAUAGGACAUCUUCAGAGCUUGCUCAGAGCUCAAUUUGAUUUGUUUUUUCUCUUGUCGACAUCUAUAAAUCUUUCUGGACGAGCAGAAUAAGAGGUCAAAGUCCGACGUCAAAAUCGAAUUAGCUCAUCUCAUCUCAUCUCAUCGCGUUUCUUUUUCCAAUAGUCCGUGAAAUGUGUCUUUUUCUUCUUCUCCCAGAAUUGAAUACAAAUAAGAAAAAAAUGUGAAUACAAUAUUCUAGUCACCUACAAAACCAGCAAAUGAGUCAGAUUCAAUUUCAGAUGAGAUGAGAUGAUUAAUUAUUUUUGACCAAACCACACAAAAAAAUGAAGAAAUUUGAUGAGAAGUUGAGUAACCCGUCUAUUUUUAGAGCUCUCCCCCUCAAUUAUUUUUUUUCUGUUCUCUUUUUUUCUUCAUCGGACUCGGAAUCGCUAAAUACUCCUUUUUGCUCAAGUGAAACGCACUUUUCGGGGAAAAAAGUUUUUGCAAAAAAAAAAUAAUUGGGCAGGCUGAGAAUCUGAAGUUGACAGUGGAAGUUUAGAUAAUCGGAAAUCAACAUGGACGUAAGCAAGAAGAAUAGACUCUAGUUUGACCCCGGGAACAUAUUAAUCUAUACUAGACUCUAGUUUGAUCCGCCGGAAAAUCCUAAAUUUAGACUAAUUUAACUUUUUGCUUCAAAGCUGGGAUCCCUUUAAUUGUGGAACUAGACUCUAGUUUGACACUGGAAAUUCUUCACGUGAAAUUUUUUUAAAAAUGGAACAUUUAUCAUUUCUCAAAAAAAUAAUGGAUCCAAAAUUGGGUAUAAAAUCUGUGAGUUCUAGAAUUUUGGGAAAUUGGGAACAUUUUGUGACAGCUGGAAUUUUCUGAAAAAAAUUACAGUAGAGAAAUAUUUUCUUGAAAAUCACAGUUCUGAAAUAUUGUAACUAGAUUUUCAGGCUCAUAGGCUCAGAUGUAUUUUUAACAAACUCUGAUUUUCCCAGGUGUCAAACUAGAGUCUAGUCGUAAUUCCGUACUAAAUUUAUGAUACUUCUGAGCUUGGAAAAAUUCGUGGCAGCUAGAUUUCUCACUCAAAAUUCGCACAAAAUUCCAAUAAUUCUCGCCUAAUUAUAACACAUGACUCAAAAUAGCUAUUUUGUCAGCAGCCCAAUUUCAACACCCCCAUAAUCAUAAUUAAUUUGAUUUCCUCUAUUUUUCAGAAUGACGUUCACAUUCAUUUUCUCUCCUUCUCUAAUUCUCUUGUUUUUCCAUUUCUCUCUCGAUAAUUUUAAGCUUUCCUUUUUCUUUUCAUCAAUCCCGCCUCCUCUCCCCCUUAAAAAGACGUCAUUCAAUAUGAGCACAUAUAUGAGCACAUACACAUGAAAUCAGCUGUUUACUUGAAAGAGAAAGCUGAGAAAAAGAGCAGAAGAAAGAAAAAAGAAUUCGUCACUUUUUUUGGUGGUUGAAUACGGGGGAAGUUAGAGGACACACUUUGCUGCUAUUUUGGGCACAAUUUUUGAGAAGAAGAUAACAGAAGGAUAUUUGAUGAUCGAUGAAAGUGCAGAAUACUAUAUUUUUAGAAUCAUGGAAGAGACUACAGUAGACUUUGUCGGCUCCUUUGAUCUAUUUGGUUUCUAGGCCAUUUCCUCCAUCGUUGAUUUCAAAAAAUCGUUGAUUUCAAAAAAAAAUUAGAUUAAGUACUUCCGGAAUGUUUUGGAAUUUCUAAGAACUAUGUAAAUUUUAAUCCAAUUAUCCUCGCAUUUCAAAGAUGAAACCCUGCAAUUUAUCAAAGGGCUCAUGGAAAAAUUGCACAUUUUCUGGGGGGAGCUGAAAGGCCUCAGGGGGCUUGGAUAGCCCGGAUUUUCAGAAUUAGAAAGCUGAAUCCUGAAUUUCGAGCCUAUAAAAUUGGGACCUGGGUUUCAGGCUAUUCCUCGAUUUUGGGAAUAGGUUACCCGAGGUUUGAACUUUUAGACUUAACCGGUUUUUUUUAAAUUUUAGAUCCAUAAGGCUUGAACUUGAGGCCGGGGAGCCCGAAAGCCUAAGAGAAGUUUUGAACCUCAAUAUUAGGCUUAGAAGGCUCAAGGCUAUAUCUGGCUUUUUUCUAAUUUUUAAGCCUAGCGAACAAGGAUUUCAGAAAUAGAGGUCUGAAGUCUGAAAUUUAAGCCUAGAGGUUCAAGGCCCAGGUUAGAGAGCCUAUGAGGCUUCAAUUUUAAGCCUAGAAGUCUCAAGGCUUGGAUUUCUUGCUUCUUCCUAGAUUUCGGGCCGAAUAGGCAUGCCGGGAUUUUUUGAAACUAAAUUUCAAGCCUAGGGAACAAGCCUGAAGCCUGAAGCCUGGUCCGAUUUUUUAGCCUUUUCUCAGGCUUUCGUACAAUUGUAUAUAUACAUCCAUCUGAAAUAAAAUUUCGGGGAGAACGCUUGAAAAUUAAUUAAGAAUCACCUGUCAGUAUUAUAAUCAAGAGCCAAAUGCAGCCUACUAUUUUUCGUCUCUAUUCCUAAGUCUCUUUUCAUUUCUCCCUCUCUCAUUCUUCUGAAUCUAAUCUAAAUAAAAAUAAAAAAAGCUGACUGAGUCAGUGAAUAAUAACAGAACAAGAGACAACAACAAUAAAAUUCGUACAAUUUUCGGGUUCUGAAGGGGAACUUAGCAUAACUGUUCAGCUGAAUGUUUGCAGGUUGUAAUCUAAACGAUGAGUUGUGCGACAACAAUGAGAUCUGUGUUCAAGACAACGUGUUCGGUCAAUGUUAUUCGCCAGAAUCAGGCCAACCUACACCAACUAUUUUGGGUGAACUUGAUGAAGAGCAGGCUGAAUUGUUGAAAUUGGAGUUGGAAAGAUUAGCAGCUCGUGAUUUGGAUUGGACUGAUGAGCAGACACAAUGUGUUUUGGCCUAUUUCAAAUUGUCCAUGUACUAUGGUCUACAGUAUGAUCCGGACUUUUGUCAGGUCAGAAAACCGGCCAAUGUUUGGGCGUUGAUUCAGGUUAGUAUGGGGAUGCAGGCCUAUAAAUCCUCAAAACUUUUCAGCUAAUUGACACUGGUUUGUCUGAAGAUCCAACACUUCUCGAAAAUCCAAUCGAUAACGAUGAAAAUCUAAUCGAAAAUGGAAUCGAUGAAGAAAUGCCACAAAUCAUUGAACAACUCAAACAACCAAUUCAACCAUCUGAACAAGACAUCGAAGAAGCGAUCAAUGAAGAAGAAGAUCCAGUUCUUGAUGGAUAUAUUCAAGCGAUUCUCAACAAUCAGAAACCAGAUUUCACAAUUUUGUCAGAUGAUCAAUUGAAAAAUCUAAUUGAUCGAUUAGUUGAUUUGAAACAAAAUGUUGAAAAUGUUGAACAAACUGGUGAAGAAGAAUUGGCGAUUCCUUUGGAAGAUCUUGAAGAGAAAAAUGGAGAACAUCAGGAGAUUUUGAAGAAAGAUAUUGAGCAGAUUGGAGAAUUGGAUCAAGGUUUGGAAAAGGUUGAGCACAAAAUUGUGAAAGGCAAGAAGAAUAUUGUUACAAGAGUUGAUGGAAAUCGAGUUUAUUUGAAGGUUUGAUCUGAUUUCAAGGCUUAAAAAAAAUCUUGGAAUUUUAGGUUCACUUGAAAAACGAUGACCAAUUGAUGCCACUUAUUGAAUUCUUGCAAAAUACAAUUGCAAUUCCAAAUGGUCUUUUCUUUGAUGAUUUCGAUUUUGAAAAUGGACAACUUUCAAUGAGAAUAACUAAAUUGGAUGGAGUCAAGCCAAAAGAUGACAAGAGAAUUGAUACUGUUGAAGGAGUUGCCAGCGCUGUUUGUAAGUUUGGAGCUCUAAAUCAGGAUACUGUACUUCACUACUUAAAAUUCGGUCAAUUUUUCGCCCCGAAAAUCUGUAGCUCAGAAAUUUGUGACUUCUCGGAUUAUUGAGAUCCUAACAACACUGUAAGAACACUGUAGAUCAAAAUCUUAGAUUUUUCAAAGUUCCAAAGUUACUGUAGAAUAUUUUUAUUGAAAAAUAGUUGAACAAAAUGCCGAAAGUUCUAGUUCUUGGAGCACUGUAUUUCAAAAUUAACAAUUCAAGAACAAAUUUGGAAACUUCAAAUUUUCAGACAAACGACGAAAAGACAUUGCGCGACUUUCUGGAGCCGAUGUUCGUGAAACCGGAAUCGGAAGUGGUGAAGAAAGUCUACCAGUCGAAUCUUCAGAUCGUGAUUGGUUCUUGAUGCCAGUCCUCUUCGUCUGUGCUUUCACAAUCACAACUCUCGGACUCGUCGCCGCUGUUCAACUCGCCAAAAAUCGUCGUCACUACAAAGACAACAUUCAACAAAUCGCCGAACAACUCGAUGGCGGAAAAACCAGUUUCGCAUAUCAAGAUUUGUGCAGACAACGAGCUGAUGGUGGAAGAGCAUCCAAAUCUUCAUCAACAUCCUCGUGGUGUGAAGAAACAUCGGGACCAACGAUUGAUAUUUCAACCGGGCAUGUUGUCUUGAACUUCUUGCAAGAAUAUUUGAGUGAACCGACAAAGAUCGAGGCUCAAUGGAAUGGAAUCAAAGAUUAUCGGAAUGAAGAGAGAACCAAGGUUAAGGCAAACAAAUUCGAAAAUCAAAACAGAACUAUUCAACCAUGUAAGAGUUACUAUACGUUUUUUUGAGAAUUUUAUUGUAAAUUGUAUUUUGCAGUUGAUGAUAAUAUUGUUGAAAUCGAUGGGAAGACUCCAGAAAGUGAUGAUUAUUAUUUGAAUGCUAGUUUCAUUUAUGACGAUGAUCCAAGGUAACUAGAUUUUUUUCUCACCACAAUAUUUAUCAAAAACAAUAUUUCCAGACAAGCUGUCUACAUUGCUGCUCAAACUCCAUCCUCCAAUCAAAUCGCAGCAUUCUGGCAAACCGUCUGGCAACACGGAGUUUGCCUUGUUGUCAACAUCUCAACCGGUGAUGAAUGCAAGCAGGAGAAGAACUAUUGGCCAGAUACUGGAAGUGAAGUUCACGGAGCAUUCGAGAUUCAUUUGGUAUCCGAACACAUUUGGUCAGAUGACUAUUUGGUUCGAUCAUUCUACUUGAAGAAUUUGCAAAACAGCCAGACUCGCACAAUCACACAAUUCCACUAUUUGUCGUGGCAAAAAGAUUUGACUCCACCAUCCGCGAAAAGUCUUCUCGAAUUCAGAAGGUUUUUUUUUGUUUUCAAAAAAAUUUUGUUCAUAUUCAAAGUAAUUUGAUUUCAGAAAAGUCAACAAAUCAUAUCGCGGUCGAUCAUCAGCAGUUCUGGUUCAUUCCUGGGAUGGAAGUGGCCGAACUGGUGUUUAUUGUGCUGUCGAUGUGCUAUGUGCUCGGCUACUUCGUGGAAUUCGACAAAUCGAUGUUGUUGCGACUGUUGAACAUUUGCGCGAUCAACGAGAUGGUUAGUUUUAGAAAAAAGAUUUUCCAACAAAAAAAAUUUCGAAAUUUUUGUUUGAAAACCUCGGCCACUAAUUCUAGUCCCCGAAUUUUUUGCAGGCAUGGUUUCAACCGGUGAUCAAUUCAAACUUGUCUAUGGAUGUGUUGCACAAGAAGUCAAUCAUUUGCUUAAAUCAAUCUCCCAAUAA